AUGUUAAAAAAAACAACUUCAUCGUCAUUGCAAAAAGCAAUCUAUGAUUUGCUUUUAGAGCACUCAUUGAGUCCAUCUCAAAUACGAGGACAAGGUUAUGAUGGGGCUAGUAACAUGCAAGGAGAAAUCAAUGGUCUUAAAACUUUAAUUCUGAAUGAUAAUCCUUCGGCAUAUUGUAUACAUUGCUUUGCCCAUCAAUUGCAAUUGACUCUUGUAGCCGUUGCAAAAAAACAUUGUGAUGUAGAUCAAUUUUUUGAUAUUGUUGCUAAUGUCUUGAAAAUUGUUGGAAGUUCUUUUAAGCAUAGGGAUAUGCUUCGAGAGGAUCAGGAAAAAAAAUUAGAUGAGCUACAAGUGCUUGGUGAAUUUCAUACAGGAAGUGAACUAAAUCAAGAACUUGAACUCCAAAGGCCAGGUGAUACUCGAUGGGGUUCUCAUUUUAAGAUAGUGCGUAACUUUAUUACAUUAUUCUCAUCUAUCAUUAAUGUACUUGAGUUUCUUGCAAGUGAGGGUGAAAAUUAUCUAGAGAGAUCAGUGGCAAAAAGUUUAGUGAAUGACAUAAGGUCUUUUGAGUUUGUGCAUAUGAUGCACUUGAUGUUAAAAUUAUUGGCAAUUACAAAUGAUUUGAAUAUGGCUUUGCAAAGAAAAGAUCAGGAUAUUGUAAAUACUAUGAAGCUUGUUGGUUUCGCCAAGAGGCAAUUGCAAGGGAUGAGAGAAUCUAAAUAG